CCCUUGCCCCUCCACAGCAUCAGCGUUCAUCGCUUUUCUUCUUCCCCUCUUGAUUUCUUUCUGUCGUGUUGUCUGCUUCAAUGGCGGAUACUGGCUCAACUUCUUCGAGGAGAAUGUGGUGUUCAGUGCCUGAACGAGUCCAGCUGCACUUGGCCAUGUUGGCCUUGCAGUUUGGCUAUGCCGGAUUUCAUGUAGUCUCCAGAGCUGCCCUCAACAUGGGCAUAAGCAAACUCGUGUUUCCAGUUUAUAGGAACAUUAUCGCUUUGCUUCUGCUAGCCCCCUUUGCUUAUUUUUUAGAGAAGAAGGAGCGACCAGCACUCACUCUUUCUUUUGUCGUCCAGUUCUUCCUCCUCGCACUAGUUGGAAUAACAGCAAACCAAGGAUUCUACUUGUUGGGUUUGGACAAUACGUCACCCACCUUUGCAUCAGCGAUACAAAACUCCGUCCCUGCCAUUACCUUUCUCAUGGCAGCCGUACUUCGCAUAGAGCAAGUGCGAUUGAAUAGAAAGGACGGUCUUGCCAAGGUGCUCGGAACCAUCCUCUGUGUUGCUGGAGCUUCGGUUAUUACUUUAUAUAAGGGUCCGACCAUAUACAGCCCAUCUACACGGCCAGACAACACACCCCCACUGUUUCUUUCACUAGGAGAUGCAAAGGGCAAAAACUGGACUCUUGGCUGCGUCUAUCUCAUUGGCCAUUGCUUGUCUUGGUCCGCUUGGCUCGUCUUGCAGGCCCCAGUUUUGAAGAAGUACCCGGCUCGCCUCUCUGUUACCUCUUAUACCUGCUUCUUUGGCCUUAUUCAGUUUUUGAUUAUAGCUCUUGUUAUUGAGAGAAACUCUCAAGCAUGGCUUAUUCACUCUGGCGCAGAACUCUUCAGCGUCUUCUAUGCGGGAGUGGUGGCAUCAGGGAUCGCAUUCGCUGUGCAGAUAUGGUGCAUUGACAGGGGUGGCCCGGUGUUCGUGGCGGUGUACCAACCUGUUCAGACUCUGGUUGUCGCCAUUAUGGCUUCCGUGGCUUUAGGCGAAGAGUUCUAUUUGGGAGGGAUCAUUGGAGCAGUGUUGAUUAUAUCAGGACUCUACUUCGUGCUCUGGGGCAAAAGCGAAGAGAAGAAGUUUGCCGCCAAGGAGAAGGUCGCGAUCCCCUCCACAGCGGAGCACGGAAACGUCAGGACAUCAAGCCACAUCAAGUCCUCCCUUACUCAGCCACUUCUCCCUCCGUCAACCGAGAGUGUUUGACCAGCAAACCCUAACCCUUUUGACUACAGUGCUUUGGUUGGACAACACCCUACUACUUUAUUUAUAUCGGAAAAGCUUGUGUGUACGAAAUCCUUUUGCUUUUCUUCUUCUUCUUCCUUUUUUCUGCUUUGCUUUUUCUUUUCUUUCUUUUUCCAAGAGAGUUUGAGGGGAUUGAAUAUGAUGGUGAUAGUUACCUCUUGAUAUGCGCGCCUUGGGCUCUAGAGAUCCCAUAUGCUUUAUGUGUUAAUCAAUGGUUUGAUUUUCUAAAGGAAAAAGAAUUGCACCUUGUGAAGCUAAUGCUGAAGAUCAUUAUCAUUGUGGCAUGGGAAUGAAGGACCCGCACAACAGUUUCUCUUUC